AUGAGAGAUGAAAUGUCAGAGUUUAAUUUAAAAGCAUUAACAAUGGCUAUUGAUUUACUCAUCGAGCAGCUUCUACAAGUAAAAAAUCAAGAAUCCGACAUCAGAAGACAACUAGAUGACGCUCGUGAAGUAUUAUAUAACUGUUCAGCUGUCGACAAUAAGCCACAAUGGAUGAUUCAUUUUAACCAGGUUACUACAUUGGCAAUGAGAUUGGCUCUUAUUGAAGAAGAAUUACGUAAACUGGAACAUGAACAUGUCGUACGUCAUGGAGUCUUGUCGUAUUGA